AUGUACCCUGAUGGCAGAGCUGCCAAUCUAUGGUCUGGGGGCAGUUGCAGCGUGGCCAGUGCUCAUUUUCCUAUCGAAGAACAGGGAAGGAGAUCCAAUCAUGGCCAUGGACUUAUAAUAUUCAACAGCAGGCAGAAAAUUGACUGGCUACGGGAGUUGCUGAAGGGCACGACGGAAGAAGGUCGUAUGAAGCUUCGUGCAUGGCGGGACAGAGUCAUUCUUGCUGUGGAAAGCAUGCAGACAACGUGCGUGGCCUCAGUGCCCCUGGUGCUGGCCCGAUCACCGAUGGAUAUUGAGUUUGACUUGCAAUCGCCAGGGUACUCGGAGAAACAACGUGCAGCAGACAAAUUUGAUGGCAAGGCCGAACUAGAUGUGCGGGAACCCGGGAAGAGGAGGCUGUAUAUUGCUACCUGCCCCAAGUUGGGAAGAAUUGGCGAGGCGGAGACGAACGCUACAAAUGAUGUGAAUAAUAUAGGCCGUUUGAGAAGGGAUUGCCGGCAGACAGGAGCGGUGUUGUCGAUGUGCCCACAGUACUUGAGGUCACCGCAAGAGAGCGUUGGUUGCUGUCACGGUGCGUGCCUACGAAAGCAAGCCCUUUGGUCUGCGUUGAAAGAAAGCAGAGUUGCGGCGGAGAAAGACGAGAGGUCUUACAUAGCUGAUUUUGCUGCAGAUUCCGCCCGAAUUGUGGAGCAAGCAGGAAUUCACGCUCAUACUGCGUCAUGUUACAAGUAUGAAAGCGGACGUGAGCAGGAUGGCAAGCCAGAACAUUGCCGCUUUGGGUACGUCCAUUUUGUGACUUUGUGGUGUUGGGCCAUUGUUUUGCGCCGUGGCAAGCAGGUGAAAGCAGCCGUGCAGCGAGUGUUUGCAAGAUUUGGCAAGGAGCCAGUACUUCCCAAAGGGUACAUGCCUACACCUUUCGAAAAAGAACAUGGCAUUGCGGCAACGUUGGACAUGUUUGCCCCACACCAUCCGGGACUGGGAAGUCAGAUCAAUGCCAAAGAAAGCUUGGAUCGACCUGGCCGCAUUCAGACGGUGCGUGUGCAUCCAAGAGAGACAUCCACCUUGGUGAGCGGAAUUGUCUCCCAUAGGGGCAACUUGGACUAUCAGGACUUGCGGACUGUCCUGGACGAUGCCGAUGAUGACAACGUUCCGUUGCCGCCCGAAAUCAAGGUGCAUCGCCAAGGCCCGUUGCAGCCCUGCCGUUCGUUGCUAGUGAACGGAGGUGUCACAAUGCCCCAAGCCUAUACUGUCCGUUUCCUCGGGAGCUGCUUGCAAAAAGAAGAGGUGAAGGCCUUGAUGGUUGCUACCCGUACUUUCUAUUGGAUGUUGGAACCUAGAGCUGGAGUGGCUGAAAUGCCACGGGUGGGCGACCGGCAGCGUGAUGCAAGCUGGAAGAUUUUUUCCAGAGCUGUGGUUGACGGCAUUGUUUCGGCAAUGCGAAGUGCAGUGCAGAUUAGCUUCUACAUUUGUGACUACUCCACUAAACCUAAUGUGACAUCGGGCCGCGUUUUGCAGUACAUGCACAAAGGAAUGCAACGGUUGGAGGCAGAACUGCAGGAGAAAGAGUGCGUGCAGAAAGUGUUGGAGCUCGAGGCUGCUGGUUUCUUGGAUGAUCCUGGCCGAUUGCCUUCCGGUGUGCAAACUUUGGAAGGUAAGAAUUUGUCUGAGGCCGAAAAAAGGCAAGAGAAGGUGAGACGCAUUCUGAUCCGCUUGUGGAGCGCUGCAAACUAUUCUUAUUUGAAAGGCGCUUCGUUGCAGCUAGUGCAUCUACUAACGCGACAUGAAGCUUUGCGAAGAGAAGAAACCAAAACCAUGGAAGUAGGAGAGACAGAGGAAGACGUGGCCCUAACCCUGAUCGAAGUGGAGCAAGCGGAUGGGAAGUAUAGUGUCCAAGUGAGCAACGAUGCAUUUGUCGACGAUUGGUACCACCGUGGCCCAGACCUUGCUUGGAUGAGCCAUUAUCUCUACGCGAUGUAUGUCAGGGUUGUGCCGAAAUCUGAUGGCCUGCGCUUUCAAUGGAGCUUUGCCUUUGUGCACCAUUAUAAGAAAUAUGCUGGCUUCGUACAGGUGCUCGAACCAUCUCCGCGAGUUCCUUACAUGGUUGGCUUCACCAUGCCCACAAGAAGCGCGGAUCCUGCCACGAAUGCUUUGUAUCAUCUGUGCUUGAUGAAGCCGAGCAGAGUGUGCAAAGGGUGUUGCGAAGAUGUGGCUUGGCUAGCAGGUCAUGUGUUGUCAUCUGUGGCUGGGUCACAGCAAGGCAUACUCUUUGGAUACACAAAGCCUGCCGGGCAAGCUCAGCCUUCCAGGGGCGAGCGACGUUUCACAGAAGCGUGGAAAGCUUGGGAGGCAUUGCAACUGACCCGAGCAGAGCGUGCUUGGGCAAAGUUGAAACUGGAGCGUCGUGUGGGCGUUCUGGAUGAUGUGGCGCCAUUCCGAGAAUGGUAUGUGCCUGGUUGCAACAGAAAGACCAUUGUGCAGUCAUGGCUUUUGCCUUGGUUGCGAGGCGGUUUUCGGCAUUGCUAUAAAGGUCCCUGGGGACAAAAGAGGAGGACGCGAUCCGACAUCAAUCCGAUAUACAGCAAGGCGCAAUUUGUCAAGCUGCAUCCCACAAGUGUGGGGGUACUGCCAGCAUUGCCACAUGUGGUCGCAGUUUGCAUUCUUCGUUUUGCUGGGAAUGUGAAAGGUGAAGGGAAUGAAGAUGUGGUUAUAGCAGACACACUUGAUGCCCAGGACAAGGCUGCGUCAAGUUGCAGAACAGAUGCCCAGAAGACGGUGGUCAGAACAGGCACCGGGGUUCAUGUGAACCAAUUGUUUCCCGAAGAGUUUGGUGCCAGCAUCACAGCAGAGGUGUCAUGGAAUAUGGAUUUGCUUGCUGAAGCUCGCAAAAGACCACGCCCAAAUGCAGUCGCUGUCAGCAACGAAGACGAAGAUGAUGAUGCGGGUGGAGCUGUCGUGGGAAAACUGUUGGCCGCUGAAGGAGAAACCCCGGGCGGAGAAGCAGGAGAUGAUUAUGAUGUUGUAGUGGAGCAGCCAUAUUCCGAGGAAAAAGGCUUACAGUAUAAACCGCACCUGGAAAUACAAGAUUGCGAUGUCCUUGAGAUUGCUCACAGACUAGAUGGCUGGAGAGACGGGCGAGGUCAAAAAGACAAUGUCUUGAAGUUUUUCCAGAACUUUCGCGAUUUUUACGCUGAAGAGUUAAAGGCAGCAUGCCCUUGCGAGAUGAGGAUGCAAAAACAGUUCUGUGGUACAGAUGGCAUGAGUUUGGCAGACUGGAUUUCACAGCGAAAUCAAAUGCUUCGAGCACAGAAAGAGUUGAAGAAUAACCGUGAGAAGACAGGCCCAGGCGGUGGAGAAUCUGAAUCGGAAGAUGAUAUACAGAGUCGUGUGAUUACCAGUGAAACAGAUGUGCCGAAAAUUCAUGUAGUAUUCACUUUCGAAAAUGCCAUUGAAUCGCCAGCUGAGAUGGCACGCCGGUUGGCGUGUCAAAGUGGGGCAGCUUGGGACAGACAGCAAUAUGAAAUGAUCAUUUGUUGCGUGUGGCCUUUGCACCGGGUCUGGGAAUAUGCUCUCACAGAGCGUCGUCUGAAGGAGUGGAAUUCUGUGGAAGGCCGCUUACAACUCAUCCAGGAUGCGCAGGUUCCACCUGUCCGUGUAUUCGCACAUGGAGCUGGCGGGUCAGGGAAAACUUAUUGCUUGACUAAAGUUGUCAUGGCCGUUUUUCAGUGGUUUAUGCCAGGGCAAUGUCGUAAGCAAGCUUCCACCAACAGUGCUGCUCGCCUGAUCGCAGGCGACACCAUGCAUGCUUGUGCAGGGUUACUGAAAAGUGCAAAGUUUACAGCAGAGGAACCGUCCCGGAAGGUUCAGAACAAGUUGAAAACGACUUGGGGGACUGCUGUCUUUGUUUACAAUGAUGAGGUGGGUGCUGCCGCCCCUGGACUGUAUGGAACUUUGUCGUCUCGUGCAUACUGGGGAAAACGGGCUGCGGGGCAAAUUGAAGAUGUGGGGCCGAAACAAGCACCUUUUGGAAAUCCUUUGCUACAUGUUGACGCAGGUGACUUUGCCCAGCUCCGGCCAGUGCCGAAAGGGAGCCCUAGCCUCAUGGAAGCAUUUCUAAUGUCCGCAAAGAAUAUGCGAAUGAAGGCUUUGCUACGCAGCGCUCUACGGCAUGUGAACAUGACUGAUACAGGGAAGCUAGCAGGGCUUUGCCCUUUAUAUCUUGGAAUGCCAGUGAAAGUAACUCACAAACUCUGUCCGCCAGAAGUGGUUCAGGAGGCAACAGGAGAAAUAUUACAGAUUGGCUUCCACGAAGAAGAACGGUAUGGUUUACCUCGUCAGUUGCACAGGCCUGGAGGUAUGCCACACAAAGGGCAUCCAUGUUGGAGUAGGGGUUGGGUAAAGCUCGACAUGGUUCCACGUUGGGUCGAGAUUCGGCUUCAUGGCUGCACUGCUGAUUUUACGGGUACUGGCCGACCAGGCGUGUACUUGGUGAAGCCUACCAAUGCUGACUGGGAUUUGCAAUACCAAGCAACUGCCAUAGUCAACCAUCCCAAUGAAGUGCCGAAGCGCAAGAAAGUCCCUAGAAUCAAGGUUGGCCUUCGAAGUUCUCAGCUACCCAUAGCUCCAGCUGGGGUAGGAACCUUUAACAACAUGCAAGGUAAAACGGCCAAAGAUGAGAAAUCAGUGCCAAUGGGCCAUACUAUUGACCUGAAACUGCUGGAUGGCAAUGAUGACAAGUGGUUGCACUACUACAUGAUUCUUGGAAGGGCCACGUCCCUCGCAACAACCUUGCUGUUAAAUUUUCCGGAGGAUGCAAAUGGGGAACCAGAUUGGACCAUUUUUGAAAAUGGCCCUCCCGAGUAUUUGAUCCAUGUCUUUGCUGAAUUGGAGAAACGAUACGAAAAGACCCAAAAGCUUGUGACGCUGCGCCAAGCAGAUCUGAAAAUCUUUCCUUCUUUCGCUUGCCUGCCAGCUCGGCAUAAAGGUCUGGGAAACGAAUAUGUGUACAACACUGCUGAGUGGGAUGCUGCCGUGGCGCAGCGGUCGCAGAAGAGAAAACCGGACAGCAGCCACCGGAACUUAGCGGAACGUUUAGAGAGACGGGCAGAGGAGCCGCCGAGAAGAAAACGGAAAUAG